AUGGAACGGCCAGAUCGACUCCCCGGCUUGUCCGUCAGUUCUGCAUCGCAGGCUUCAGUCACAAGAAGCUUACCCGAAAACCACGUAUCUGGACGACGUCCAGUCCCAAACUCAGCAGCCACAUCUAACGGACCGCCACCACCACCUCCGAUUCCUACCUUGCGAAGCAUUCCCUCCAGUUCCUCUCUUUCUGCCGUGGGCAUGUCGGCAGCUCAGGUUAUUAGUCUCGCGCGUGAGGCAAUGCAAAAUGCCAUCGAAAGCGAGAGCCAAGCCGCUGAAGCAGGCGCCGUCAGCACAGGGCUUAGAACCGGAGUCACAAUUGACCUCAGUCGCAAAGGGAUCCAAAAACUACCAGAUGAAGUUGUGGAUAUCGUCAAGGGGGAUCUGGAGCGACUAGCAUUGUCUCAUAACCAACUGACAACAUUGCCCGCUCGCUUUUCUGAAUGCACAUCAUUGCGAUAUCUCAACAUCCGGGGCAAUCAGAUCAAGGAGUUUCCUAUGCCUAUACUUGACCUUGGCCGAAACCAACUUCGAAGUCUUCCUCCGGAUAUUGUGAGACUCUCGUCAUUGAAAGUUUUGUCUAUCCCAAAGAACCAAAUCCGGGAGUUACCACUAUGUAUUGCCGAUAUGGGGUCUUUGCAAGUGAUCAAGUUUGAGGGCAAUCCUAUCAACUUUCCGCCGCGUGAUGCAAUACAAGUGCAAGCCGCAAGCCCCCCGCAUGAAGGCAUUCAGAAAGACAACGAAGUUACGGAGGUGGCGGUAACGCUACAGAUCAAACGCUUUCUGAAGCAGCAUGCCGUCAACGGCCGAUCCGAAUCUGACAAUACAGGCGACGAAUCUAGUGAGGGCGCGGAAACCCCUCGCUUCCCAUUGAAAAGGGUUGCAAGCGGGAGAUUCCCUGUCAAAGUCAGUGGUGCUGAUUUGCCUGAUAUUCGUUCACCCAAUCUUGGAUCAAGGGCGCCUCCGAUACCAUCGAGAUCACAUUAUCGUGGACUUUCCCAACAAAACAGCGCUUUUCGACGACCCGGUGUCAUGCCAUUGACGAUUGGUAAUGUCAAUGAGCGUGUUCGUAGCAACUCAGAAAGCCUACUGAGGGCGGAGCGGUCAGAGAGCCGCAACAGGCGCAUGGGAAUCGUGUCCAGAAAACCCUCUGACCUUGGUACACUUGAUGAGAUGCAAGUGAAUAAUCGAUUUAGUCAUUAUCGUGGCCUGAGUCAUGGAUCUGCUAUGCAAGGUAAUCAAGCAACGACGAAGAGCCCUGCGACUCCAACAGAACCAUACUUGGCACGCCCGAUCUAUGUGAGACGUCUUUCUGUCCUCCCCGAACGGAGGCGAGAAUCAAAAGUUUAUGAUCCAGUCAUUGAAGCUGCUAAGGGCAUCCUCUACUCGGUCUUCCAGAUCCAUCCUAUGAUCCAGAUGCUCAUGAGCUUGACGAGUGAUGGGUCUGCUAAGCGAUCUAGCCUUGAGAUCGUGUUCUACAACACCAACUCCCACGUUGAGGAAUUGGAGCAGGAAAUCCAGAAACACGAGAACGCCUUGGUCGACCUCGACGACCGCUCCCAAAGAGAGAACGAAAACGUCCAUCGAGCCUGUCAAACUCUGGUUAGCGCAUAUGGCCACGUUUGUACACUUUUGGCCGAUAACAUCGAUACUUUCGUAAACAACGGAGAUGCUCGAUAUAUUCGAACACUUCUGAUGUUACUCUACAACAGUAUCAUGGAACUACGUGUGACACUAUCGUCUGUUAGUGCAGAAGAUGGGCGUCGACAAGCAGCCUCCAAGGGGGACCAGAUGGGUGAGCGUCCUCUUAGGGUGCAUGCACGUGAACCUUCCAUUACCCCCACUGUUGGUAGGUCAACAGGAGCUCGCAACCGCAAUGGCACUUUGGUACACCAUCCGGUCAAUUUGCGUGUUGCUACAGAUGUACCCGUGCCUACACCCCUUUCUGCGGCUUACCUCAAUGGCAAUGGUCGAACCGCCACUAUUGCAUCGGCUACUCCUCGAUCAGGAGAAUCUUUCUCCUCGAUAGGUAGUCGCGGGAUGUCUUCCGAGUUCACAGAAGAAGAUCGGCAGUUUGAGAAGAUAUUUUUAUCUUUGCAAAGGUCGACUGAUCUCGUUAUGGGGACACUUCCCAGUUUCCAAGCCCAACUAACAGGUGGCUUGAGGAACGCCAUGUAUCAGAGGACACCAGAGAGUGUAAUUCAGCACUGGAAAGCCUUGAUAACCAUGUGCGGUCAUGUCAUCCAACAGACGGAAAUCCUCAAGAACAGACUGUCACUGAUCAAACUCAAGGAGCCUGGAGUUCGAACACAAGCGAGCUUUUGGAGUCUCUGUAACAACUUCAGUCACUCUUGGGCGGAUAUGAUCUAUCAGAUCAAAUACGGCCCCAACAGUGUUCCACUGCCUCCUGACACAAGGGCACGAUUGCGACCGAUUCAGCAGAGUAUUAAGGAAACCAGCAACAUCAUCUCCAAGUCCCCUUGGCACUAUCUUUUCAACCAUCCCUCAGGUGCGCUGAACGGGCAGAUGCACUACCCCCCUCGCGGUAUGUCACCAACACAGGUCCCGAUUACGCCACAGAGUGCUGCUUUGGGACCCGCUAUGCAGGCGACAGUUCCCACGACGCCGCAAAGUGGUUCAUUCGCAGCGGCAUUUCACGGGAAUGUCUUUGACCGCGCCGACGCUCUCAUGGCCAACCCUGGCAUCUCUAUGGGGCGCAAUGGGGGAUUUGGAAAGGGUCAUAUGGGAUUCAGCUCACUGUCUUCACUAUCUUCUAUGUCCUCAGACGAGGGAAUACUUCCUUCUCAUGGGCCACUGGGACCAGUACCGCUCCGCCUGAACGGAGGCAAAGUUGCCUUUUAG